AAGAAGCCUCUCCUUGACAGUCACAGUAUGGGCACAAGCUCGCAGGCGGCAAAACCAGACAUGUCUCCCCAAAGGAUUUAAUAUCCAGCAAAACUAAAGGAAGGCGCGAGUUCAUACCACCUCCAUAAACCGUCUAAGUCUCUGUGUGAGUGAAGACAGAGCUGCUGGCAGGUAAACAUCUCUUCCUCUUUGUUUGUGCCUGUGUGUGACCAAGCCUACGUCAAACCAAAGGUCAGCUCCUACUUUGUUGAGACAUCCAGGUGGAUUAAAGUUUAUGAAAGGAAAAAAAGGUAACAGGGAGGUGGACGGGGUACAAGAAAUGCAAAGUUUGAAUUUAAAUAAAGGGUUUUAUUUUUCCGCCACCAUACACAGACUGGUUGUGGCAUUUGUCUUGUUUCUUUUGGUAACAUAUUUCAUUCAAAGAUAAAAGAAGCUGACUGACAAUGGAUGUAAUUUCUAGACUUAAAUAUUAAAGAGAUGGUGCAAUCUUUGGUGGCAUUGAAAAGAAAUUCAAUCCUGUAUGUAUUAUUAGUGUACUUCUAAUUACUUUGACAUAUGGAUGGUAUCUUACUUUGUGUUGUUUUUAUUUGUCAAAACUUAGAUUUUACAGCAGUAAGGGUUUACAGUUUACAGUCAGGCUUUGUGGACCCACAUAAAGUUAUACAGGGUGACAGCUAACUAUAGCUCGAGGGCUUGAUAGCUGGGCGCCAUCAGUGUUCGCCCUCCACUGAACAUGAGUUGGCCUCUCUGUGAGAUUGUUUUAAUGUUUCAAGUCCUUUAAAAAGAUGAAAAAGUCUUUUCAACCAUAAAAAAGUUAAGGUAACAUGGUUUUCUCUUCUUUAAUGACAUCUUGAUAUCAGAGGAGAUGAAUUUAUAUCAACAUAGUUCCCAAGUGUAAUUUGUAAGUUGCAGUAACUGGUUAAAUCAGCAAUGCCAAGACACACUGAUGUUGUAUUUUAUCUUCAGUACUUGUGGUUAUGUCUGCAUUCUACUUGCAGGUCACUCUUUUGACUGACAACUUUCGCCAAAAUGUGGAAAGGUGGAAAAAACGGAGGUCCCAGGAGACAAUGUAAAGUACCCAAAUUCACUUUGUCCUUCCCGCUUUUUUGUUGUCUUUACUUCACACAACUUUACUGUACACUCUUUUGCUCUUAAUGCAUCAUGUGUAUCUGACGCACAAGGCUGGUUUUAUCCUUAUUCUCGCCGUACCAUCAUACUGUAUAAAGACACAUUUAGCGACUAGCUGGUGAACAUACCAGAGCGUUUAGCUGCUAAAGAGGCAGAUAUUUCUCUGAGACUGAAAGCAGAGCUAACUUUAAGGUGAUAACAUGUCACUGUUGCAUUAAAAUAAAAACCUAAUUUUGCUUCCCAUAAGUGGUCAACAAUCAGCUAUUGCAGGUUUAAGAACAUGGCAACGCUCACUCUAGUUGCACAUUUUAUCCACUUACUUUGAAAAUUCUUUCUACACAUACAAGCUGGAGUUUGUCCAACUGGCAGGCACCUUAACAUCCAGUUGAUUAAAGGUCUUCCCUCAGAGGCUUCAGCGAUAAAUAGAAAAUGAGAAGAAAACAUCCCUGGAUUACGGUUGCCUGCCUACUGCCCUUCACUGUGACCCUUUCAGAGCUUCAGUUUAUUCAGGCCUCUGUGAGCUUUCCUUUUCCACAUUAUGCCUGACUGGGUCUCGACUCCCAGCCUCUCUGCCCAUGGUUUACUUUGGUCUCUUAACUUCUGACCCCCUACAUACUUAAAUCUUUAUUUCCAAUAAUGUAUCCAUCCAUCACAAAUACUUAAAAUUAGCAUACAGAUAGCAUUCAUUCACUGUGCUUGUAACUGAUCGAAUGGUAUUUCUUUCACACAGGUUUCUCCAUGGUGCAUCAAUACAUUCAACAUUUUAAUGAGGUGUCCGGCAACAAGUCAGGUGAAAUCAAACAUACAUAUAUUUUUUAUUUCCUGUUAAAUAUGGAAGAUUUUUCUAGUCUCUGUGCACUAAAAUAGACCUCUAGUCUAAUAUAACAUAGUAGGUAUUAUUGAUAACAGUGUCUGCCUGUGACCUGCCUGUCAUAGUGUAGAAAGCCAGAAUUUUCUAUUCACUACCUUAUUAAAUCAGACGCCCUCUACUUCAUGUUUGACUGCAUGGCGCUUCUCCUAUUUCAGUUCUUGCCUCAAUAAUCAUUAAUCCCUGGAUUAAUGUUGUUCCUUAUUGACUUUUGUGUGAUCCUCUCUUUGCACAUCAAAAGCCUGAUAAGAUAUACUACACUGCGAACCGAGUAGGAGGAUUAUAGAGUUUUACGCACUGCUGUUGGAGAUGUGAGUGAUUUCACCUGGAGUGUAAUCAUUGAACUUCAGUCCAUCGAUCAAAGAGUUAAAGAAAAAUACUCAUCUUUUUUUUUUUUUUUUAAUAAUCCAUUUGAAACUCCUGAAUAAUUAUUCAAGAGAGUUUCUGGCCCAUUCAUUGAUGAAAAAAAGAUUAAAGUCGUACAUACAUCCUUUACUCAAAAGGUAUAAAAAACAUUUUACUUCUACUUCAAUAUUUCCAUAUUUGUUUAACUGGCAGUAAGUUACUGUUUCUGUUAACACACACACACACAAACACACAUGGCUUCACCGGGAAUCUGUUUGACAUCCCUGACAUCUGCUGGUAGAAAAAAAAAAAAAAAAAAAAUCUUCCAAGUUCUACUAAAAGCAUUAACCCCCGCUUCGUCAAACUAACUUUAUUAAAUCUAAUGUGCUGAAUUAAUUUUUGUUUGUUUUUUUGUUCUGAACUUGUAAACUGAUCUACUCAUAUGACUUUUCAAAUGAAUGUUUUUUUCUUGCUUUGUUUAGCUGCCAUCCGGAGACGAUCAAAGAUUCCCGGUGUAAUGAUCACUCAGUAUGUCGUGAAUCUGCCUGAGGGGAAAAGCACCCCAGAUUUCCAGUCCAAACCCAUGCCAGUGGAAGUUAAGGAAGGUGUGUUACAUUAAACACAGAUCAAAAACUGAUCUUUCCAAUUACACUUUGUCAUCUCAACAUGAUUUAUGACCACACAGACCUCAUCUGGUUUGUUUUUUAAAGCAUUUAGCAGGUAAUAAUCGUUUUCUGUUCCUUUAGGACAGAUAGCUGUUUUCAAGGCAAUCGUGACAGGAGAUCCAAAACCAGAGGUGUCGUGGAGAAGAACUAAAGGAAACAUUCUGGACAAGAAGAAAUUUCUGAGUAAAUAUGAUGAAUCGACUGGAGAGCAUAUAUUAGAGGUGAGUGAAAAAACAACUUUAAACUACUUGCAGUUCAAGUUGGUUUUAAGAGUGCAAGAAAGCCAAGUUAUGCAUGGACACGAGUGCUUUUUUUUACGCAAUGAAUCUCUGCAUCAUGACUUGUAAAGCUGAAUGUUAUUUAUAUCAAGAUUUACAAAGUGUCUUCGGAGGAAACUGAUACGUACAAGUGCUCUGCUGUGAACGAAUUUGGCAAAGCCGUCUGCACAACAACAUUAAACCUAGAUGAUGGUAAGAGUUGUUCCAAAUAUGGUAUACGAGCGUUAAUUUUCUUUUAAACUGUGCAUGUUUCAGGGUUGAGUAAUCUAUCCGGCACUGAAAUUUCUUUCAUUUCACCUUUUUUCUCAUUAAUAUUUUGGAGUUUUCUUAAAAGUUUCAUUUAAAUAAAGUUGUUUUAACAAGCUUGAUCUGAAUCAUCUGCCUCCAGCUUCAGCAAACCCAUCAGAUUUCAGAAGACUGUUGCGGAAAAGGUAAGAAUACAAGUGUUAUGAUCUCACCUGUGACAAAUUAUUUCUACAUGCAUGAAUUAUAAAUCCUUCUUGUCUGGUCGUAACAAUUGUUCAACUUUGCCUUUAGUAAAGCAGAAAACAAAGCAGAAGAUGGGGAAUCUGAUGAGAAAUUCUGGGAUGCGAUGCUAAAAGCUGACAGGAGUGACUAUGAACGCAUUUGUGCUGAGUUUGGAGUCAAAGACAUUCAAUCGAUUAUGAGGAAACUAGCAGAGAAGAAGAAGGCGAGAAGGCAAAAUGACAGCAUGGUAUGAAAUCAGUCUGAUUUUUGAGUGUAUACACAUUGUAGUAGUGCUGGGCGAUAUGGAAAAAAAUGUAUAUCACGAUAUGGAUCAUUUUAUAUCACGAUAACGAUAUAUAUCACGAUAUAGCUAUGGUAUGCUUUCAGUUCUAUGAAAAAUUUAAGUGUAUACAGCUGCACUAGUACAGUACCAGUACAAGACCAGCACUUAAAACUAGAAAAAUGAAUAAAUAAAUACGUGGCUGAAGUGCGUUCAUGUCUGUGCUCACCCAAAGUUAUGUAACACUCACAGAAAACGCCGAUAGUGUGAGCCAAAGCACUCCAUAAUAAUAAUAAUAAUAAUAAUAAUAAUAAUAAUAAUAAUAAUAAUAAUAAAUUUAAUUUGUAAUGCACUUUACAUUUACAAAAAAUCUCAAAGUGCUACAGUACACAGUAAAAAAAGAGCAGCAACAAUAAAAAAAGCAAUAGAAUGACAGUCACAGAUUGGCAUAAAAAAAGCAUAAAAGAAUAAAAAAAAAUAAAGAAUAUAGAGUUGCAAUGUAAGAGGCAAGGUAGUAAAAGCAUAAAGGAAAGCUAACCUAAGGCUUUAUUAAAAAGGUAGGUCUUUAGGGCUCUUUUGAAGAGGUUGUUCACACUGCUAGAUGUUUCUCCUCCAAAGCUACUCUCUGCCUCCAUCAUUGUUUACUUUACUCUUGAAGCACGUAGCAAGACCCGAGCAUGAAUCCGAGCGCUUUAUUCGCCUAUCAGGAGCAGACAGGUAAGGUGAUUUGAUUCGCCACGACUCCAGAAAUGAUUGAAAAACUACAGAAUGUCACAAAAUUACGUUUCCUCGCUGCUGGCUUGAAGGGUAGAAAUGCGCAGCCGCGCUCCCAGCUGACAGGAAGUCAAACCACUGUUGUAGUUCUUUUGUGUUGUUAGCACGGUCAAGAGUGUUGGCUCUCACAGAGAGAUGACUACAAAAAUGGACGCACCUGUUCAUCUGGUUGUUAAACACGGCUGAAAAUGAUCAUCUUUUAAUGUUGUUCCCGCUCCUGCCCACUCCCGUUGCUUUUUUUCCCGUCCCGUCCCGAUCAAGGGAUUAAUUAAAAAAUGAUUCCCAUCCCGUGGGAUUCCCGCGGGAAUCACGUGACCCACGGGAAUUCCCGAAAAAUGUCAUGCUCUACAGGGAAGGUCCUGGAGCAAAUGAAACAGGUGCCGGAACGGCUGAAAUAGGUCCCUGAUCCGAUCAAAAGAGGUCCCGGAGCGCGCUCCGACUUGCUCCGGCACAAAUUAAGCACUGCUUACAAUGAUCCCCUCACGUGUGAAACUCAGGUAACCCUCAACGGCGGGAGACGCUGGACACAAAGAGGGCACGUAAAGCGGCGUCAUGUCGCAAAAUCGACAGAGAAAUGCGAGCCUACAUGUCAACGCAUCCUUUUCUUUGUAAGAAAAUAUUGUUUUCUUUCCCGUUCGACACCAAAUACACUUACUGAAUGUGCAGUUAUUGUUGUUGUUACUAUGAAUCAUCCGAUGGCACAAGCCCUAUGGAUAAAAUACAGCCUAUCGCCCGAAACGAUAAAAAUAAAAAUGGCACGAUAGACAUUUUCUAUCGUGCCCACGAUAUUUAUCGUCCUAUCGCCCAGCACUACAUUGUAGUAUUUUUAAAAAGAACAAAUACUAAACACAUGGCCAUUUUUGACACACCUAGAGCCUGAUUACGAUAUUUACAGGAUAUAUAGUGCUCUUAAUAACACUCAAAAUGUUCCAUGGUACAAACACUGAUGCAAGAAUAGCCAGAAUGAUGCUUUGUGCCAAAUUUCUAAUACACAUAAUAAUUUUAUCAUGGCCAUAUUGACAUUUAUCAUAUCAUGACAUUUAAAAUAUGCACAAUUUACUAUUAUGGUGUUAUAUUUCAAGGAUCAAAUUUCAAUAGUUAUUUCUUGCUUUUACAUGCUCUGUGUGCCUCUGCGGUAGGAUGGUGGGAUAACAUCUGAUGGAGAUCUAACAGAGAAACACAUUAAAGACCUUAAGUGUGCUGGAGGGACAAAGGAUAACAGAAUCAACGGUCUGAUGCAGAGGGACAUCAGGAAAAGUCAAGUGGAUGAAGAGGUCAACCGCCUGUUUACAGAGUUAAAACGUAGGUUUGUGAUGGAAAUAAUCAUGAGAACUGUGACUACUCUUGGUGUCAGUGUCAUGAAUGUGUGUGAAUAUUUGGACAAAAACUUGACUGAGUCUUUACCGACUCCUUUUUGUUGCUUUUACAGUUUCCAGUAUGGACUUUGUUAUCAAAAUUGAGGACAUUAAAGCUGAAGAAAAUGAUGACGCCCUUUUUGAGUGUGUCCUGACACAUCCGUUACCUAAGAUCUUAUGGAUGGGAAAGGGCAGUGAGCUGGAGGAUGGGGAGAAAUACAGCAUUGAUGUGUCAGACCAUCAACUGAUCCACAGCCUGCUGAUCAAGGACUGCAAGUUACAGGACAAAGGCAUCUAUUCAGCUGUGGCAGGCAAAGCAACCAGCAGUGCCUGGCUGGUUGUGGAAGGUAACCUUAAAGUAUAACAUAUAUUAUAGUUAUUGCUGCUAUUUUGAAAUUUAUGUACUAACUAUCCCAAAUUAAUCAGAAUAAUCUUGCUCAUAAAGAGUACUUUGCAUCCUUUUUACAGAGAGAGACCCUUCAUCAAUUGGGAAGAAAACAGUGCGCAGAAGUACCUUGGCUGGUGGAGGACGUAUCGACCUUGAGAAAGUGGCCAAAGAGCAACAACUACAAAACCAAGAGGCAAUGGAGAGGAUUCUGGCAGCUGUAAAAACAAAAUACAACGAAGAGCAACUGAAAGAGGAGAAGAUAUUAACCACAAGUGUUGGAGGCUGUGAAACAAAUGAAAUCUCUGGACCAGGUAAAAACAGCGGAGCUGCGGAGGCCAAGCCGAAAGGGAAGAAAGGAAAAGUGAAGUUCAAAAUCUUAAGAGAAGAUGGUACAGAAGAAGAAUUAGAUGAUUCAGAGUGUUUUACAAACGCAGAAGAGCAGCUGACAGAAGAUGAGCUAAAGACAGAGGAAUGUACCGGCUCUGGUCAAGAGGUCUUUGACAAGGUAACAGGUAAAGUCGAUUACAGAGUAAAAUUUCAUAUUCACAAUCAUAACUGCUAAACUUGUGUGUAUGAUGUGCAUGCAAACUUUCUCCUACAUUGUUUAUAUGACAUUAACCAUAAGAUUGAGGUUGAAUUUUACUGCCUGGGUUAAGUGUAAAAUACUGAAAGGUGCUCUCUGAUCCAACUAUCUAAUUUUAUAAAAGGCUGUACUUUUACAAAUGUUGUUGUUGAGGAAAAGUUGAACUGGUUCAACUGGAUUCAUUCAUUUGCAGAAGGUAAAAACAAAGACGGUGAUUCAAAUGGAAAUGAAGAUUCUUCUAGGUCUGCCAGACGUCAAGGGCACAAAAAGAAAGCCCAGCGAAAACAACGCACAUCUGGUAAGACACAAAAGGACUUCCUGGAUGGAGUAAAAACAAACUUAGCUGAUGAUACUCCUAAAGAUUAUUCAAUAUAUGUUACAGUAAGACCAGAAGAACUGUCUGUCUGUACAGUCUGUGUCCAAUAAAGCACUUCUUCUCUGACUGAAAACCCUCUUAAAUUAUUCAAAGUAUACAAAGUAUGCAAGAGCAUCUAAAGCACUGUUAAUAUUGGAAUUUAGUUUGAAAUGUUAGUUUAACUGAUCUCAGUGGGGUAAACAUUACAAAUUUACAAUAUUGUGUAUAUUACCUUAAGUCUGUUACUCUUACACAGAUCCAAAUGAACUGGAAAGUGACAAUGAAGAAAGUGAAAGUGAUGAGUAUGAAGACUCCACUGACCAGGUCGAGCAUUCAAGUAGUUCAAAGAAAGGUCAACUUUCACAGACAGCAGUCGAUGGUAAGAUUAAAGCACAGAAAAUAAAUUCUGCAUCUUUGGCUCAUUUAAAUGGCUCACUAUUUUUCAUGACCACAUACGUACCUUAAUUCUACUGUUAAGUGUUAUUCAAUACUUUGAGAUUGUUGUAAAACCAUAAUUCUGACAUCAUUUAUUUACUAUACAUUUUAAGCUCAAUGUUGAUUGAUUUCCCUCAUAAAAAGGUGAAAGUGGAGAUUUUAAAGAUCCCAAUGAUAACGAAGACACAGGAGAUGUGACGGACUCAGUUAAAUCUUCGAGGCGCAAAAGACAAGGCCCGCUGUUAGAAGACACAGUGAUUGGUAAGUCACCUACAAGGUGUGAGAAUUUCAACACAAGAUAGGAUUGUAUUACAUGCCUCUGUGCCCAGUCAUUUAAAAAAAUAAAGAAGAUGGUUUAGCCCAGUGGUUCUCAAUCCAGUCCUCGAGUUCCAGUGUCCUGCAUGUUUUGGAUGUUUCCCUGCUCCAACACACCUGAUUCAAAUGAUCAGCUCGUUAUCAAGCUCUGUAAUGGCUUAUUAACGAGCUGAUCAUUUGAAUCAGGUGUGUUGGAGCAGGGAUACAUCCAAAACAUGCAGGACAGGGGGGCUUGAGGACUGGAUUAAGAACCACUGGUUUAGCCUAUCAGUCUUUGAGUUAAUACUCCCUCCAACACUGAAUAAUGAUACAAGAAAUUAUGUCAAAAAAGAAUAUUCUCUACUUUUGUUAGUUAGAAACUGUUUAUGUAAUAUUAACUCUACAUCUGGCUCCUUCUGUUGCUCUGUACUGCAUGCUGAUUUGAUGUUUUGACACAGCAGGGACCCUCUUCAGAAGUAAAUUAAAGUAAACAGCAAAAUUAUUUCAUUUUAAUCUGUAUAAUGAAAUUUGUGUUUUUAGAAGAUCUGGAUUUGACAAGAGAGAGUUCAUUUCUUUAAAUAAAAGAUGCAUACUGAGUGAGAAAAUGUUUCAUAACAGUCUCUGAGAAAAAUAGCGGUUACAGUCAGCAGAAGCUAACAGAAAAAUUAUGUGUAAAAAGGAUUAAAACAGCAGGGUUUCUUCUGGGUGCGAGUCGAAAUGAUUGUUGUGGAUAACUGUGAGAUCGUCUGUAUGUCAGAUCCAGGAGUUCAGUUUGUCUGCGGUUUGUCUGAUGUCAGCGCCAUCAUCCAUGAGACUGCUGAGUUAACAUGUAAGCUCAGCAGUGAAGACUGUGACGGAGUCUGGUUCAGAGAUGGCAAGAAGGUCAGUCAAAAAAGGUCAAACUCAUCAUUUUCUGGAGUUGGAUCCAAAAGUUGCUUUUAUAACAGUGUUUGUGUUCACUCUGUCCCUGGAGAAAAUAAGAGCUUUGGUGGGUUUCAUGUUCACUUGUCUCUGUCACAGUCAUGUCUCAGUUAUGACAGAAGGUGCGACAUAACUUCUUGCUGGUAAAUAUUUGGCAGAUGAUGAGAUAUUCUGAGUGUAUUUCAGACACAAUAUAGCUUGUCACAAAACCCUUUAAGGCAUCUAGUGCUGUUGAUUCAAAUAACUCAAUGCCGUGAAAAUUAUUGUCGCUCAGUUUGUUUAUUCUCAUCUGUCUGCUUCUCAUCCUAACAGAUAUCCCCAGAUGACACUUUCACUAUAAGUAAGGACGGUGCAAUCCACAAAUUAAUCAUUGUCAGCUGUAAAGAGGAGCACUCUGGGAAAUACCGCUUUGAGGCAGACGGUCGCAAAACAGAAGCAAUGAUAAACGUCAAAGGUUUGACGAUUUAUACUAAAACCAAUUAUUUCUUUUUGACAUAAUCCACUGGCUGAAAGGGGGAGAGAUGUUUGAUAUUCAUAGCCAGGUCAGGCAGAUGACUGCUUGACACAAUAAAAAGAUAGUGAAAUGAUGUGAAUGUCUCUUUUAAAAGAUCCUCCAAGGUUUGACCUCGAAGACCUCAAUGCAUUCUCUGAGCCCGUGACGGUUAAAGUGGGACACAUCGCCAUCUUCAAAAUGCACUUUGUUGGUCAUGAGCCCAUAAAAAUUCAGUGGUACAAGGAAGGAGAUGAACUGCAAGGCGAUAACAAUACAAGGAUAGAGAAAUCUGCGACUCACAGCCGUCUGCUACUGAGCAGGUGCCAAAGGAAAGACUCAGGGGAGAUCAAGAUCAAGCUCAAGAAUGAACAUGGAUUCGUUGAGGCAAUUUCACAGCUCAUCGUGCUUGGUGAGUAAAUGAAGGACAAUGACGAAAACUAGGAAACAGGACAUAUUUUGUCAAAUCUGUUUUGAUAUAGGGCGCCACUACAUGAGAGGUUUAAGCAUGCACUCCAUAUGCUGAGGCCCUCCUUACACGAGGAUGGCUCCAUAUUGUCUCGGCGUCGGCACCAAAACAUCUAUCGCUGUUUACACAUUGUAUUGUACAUAGGCUUAGUGCAUUUACAUGACAACGCAUCGUAGCAAUAUUUGCAUUUGCUGGAAUAAGAACAAAAUCACCCCAGCCACCGCCAUUGUUGUUGUUGUUGCUGUGUGUGUGACAACGUGGGUUGGGGGGCGGGGAGGAGGAGGGGUGCUAUGAGGUCACCGUCUUUUCCGGACUUAUCUAUUUAUACCAACUAUGACAUGAAGACGAAUACCCAGAUAUCCACCUGCAGACCCAUUUUCAAAAAAGAUGCAGAGUCAUGGACAAAUACGCGUCUCCAUGUGUCAAUAUCACCAGAUCGAUAGUUUAUUUUACCAGUGUCUUACAAAUUCGUACUCAUGUAAAGAUCACCUGAGACUUCCUCAAGUGAGUGGUCUGAGUUCAUGUCUCACCUGUGGUCUCUUCUCUGCUCUCUUUCACACUUUCCUGAUAUGUCCACUACCCUUUCUUCUACAAUAACAACAUAAAAAGCCUAAAAAACCUGUUUUCUAAAAUUAGUUUUGAUUAGCCACUUUGUGUAACACAAUAAUGACAGAGAAAUCAAAGAGAAAUACUUUAAACUCCUUUUAAGAAUAUAAUCUGAAUAGGAUCUUAAUAAAAGCCAAAAGGAUGUCAUUUGUGUAGUUGGCUGUUUUUCAAAAGUAUUUGGUUCAACUCUCCAGAGCCCAUCUAUGCCUUCAGAGAUUUAGAUAACCGUUUUUACAGAGGAGGCUCUCACACAAACAUACUGUGUAUUAAAAAUAAAGCACUUUUAUCUACCUGAAGCAGAUUGCCAGUUUAUGUACAGUGUGUUGAAGAUUUUUCAAAGUUCGAGUAUGAAAAGCCAUGUUGUUCUAAUCUCUGAUACACGACAUUAAUCUAAACAUUAAAAUUUACGAGAUGUAAAGAGAUUUUAAACUUUUAAAUUACAUUUUUUGAUGUUUUUUUAGACAAACCCACUCCACCCCAGGGCCCUGCAGAGGUAACAGAGAGCUCAGCCAUGUGUAUAGAAUUUAAAUGGAGGCCUCCAAAAGAUGAUGGAGGCUCACCAGUGAUAAACUACAUACUGGAACGACAGCAAGUGGGGCGAAACACCUGGAAGAAGUUAGGGGAAAUCCCAGGUGUGCCUAACUACCGGGACACAGAUGUUGACCACGGACGGAAAUACUGUUACCGCAUCCGAGCGGUGACUGCUGAAGGUACAAGCGAAGUCAUGGAGACAGAUGACAUGCAAGCCGGCACUCUUGGUGAGUCAAACUGGUAUUUGUAUGAUAUAUCAGAACAGUUUUUCCCACACACAGAGCAGUGACGAAAGCAACAAUGCAUCAAUGCUAACACCAAAGCAAUGACAGACUCAACUUUCCACUGAAAAAUCACAUGACCAAACAAAAAGCAUUCAAACACAACUGUCAUUUCUGCUUUCCAAAUGCCCAGCAGUGUCUGCAAACCUUUGUACUGUCCUUACUACAGAUCAGAGAACACUUAAAGUCAAAACAUGAGUUCAACUGAAAGAGACAGAUCUUAAAAACGUCCACAAUACUCAAGGUGUGUAAAUAAUGAGCUAAACAUGUUAAAAACAGCUAAAAGCAGCCAAACAAAGCCAGCAGAAAAAGUACAUUGCCAAUACAAGAAAAGCAUUUCAACAUGACAGCGGGUCAACACAUAACAAGCAACAUUAGCCGCAAGCACCACAAAGAAAGAUUCACUCUUACUUUUUGAAGUCUUCUGGAAAAUUGGGCUCUUCCCCCAGUCUUUCUCCAUGAGGCCACUUCACUGUACAAAAAAACAAAAAACAAUCACAUGCUUAUUAUAUUGUGCUUGGAAAAGAGGCAGAUCUCACUUCCCUAAAUGUCAAAAAAGUCCACAAUGCUCAGAUUCAUAAAUUAUGUGAACUAGAAAAUGUUAAAACAGCUUAAAGCAAGCAGAACAGGUAAAAUGCCAAAACAAGAAAAGCAUUUCAACAUAGCAGCAAGUCAACACACAACAAGCAACAUCAGCCACACAUACCACAAAAAAACCCCUUUACUCUUACUUUUUGAGGUCUUCUGGAAAAUUGGGCGUCCCCCAGUCUUUCUCCAUGAUGCCACUCUGCUGUAUUAAAACAAACAAACAAACAAAAAAAACUUACUGUGACUGAGGUGUGCAGGGACCAUCUAAAAUUUGCAAUCCUAACAAGAGAUGCUGUAAAAAUACUCAACAUUUUCAUUUGGAUUGGUGCAGUCAAUAUCACAUGUCAAUGCUGUUAUUUUUUAAUAAUAUGUUUGACAAAAUGUGCUUUAACAUACUGGAGAGAGCAUCAGUUCUAGUAUCCAUAGAGUACUUAAAGUGCCUACUUCUUUCUCUUGUUUAAGUCGUAAACAGAUUGGUACUUUAAUUUCUAUUUAUCUAAAUAGCCACAAAAUUAAUUGUAUUUUUAUUCAAGCACAAUGUUUUAGUUCCUUUUUCAUCCUUAAACAAAAAUAAUGUUAAUACUACAAGUCAGGCGUUGAAAAGCAAAGUGUAGAGAAAUAGCCUCGAACUGUUGCAAACAUCAACGCACGUACUUUUAACGACCGUUUAAGAAGCGACGUUCGCGAAAAUUUAAAAUAUUUCAGAGCUUUUCUUGCACCGAACUUAAAUAAAGCUGAACUGUGUUAAUAUGCGGUUUUAUGAUAUUUACCGCUGUUUUCCGCUGACAUGUACGGAGUCCUUGAAAACCUGUAUUUUAAUUUCACUGAUAGCCUCGUCACUCUCUAGCUACACGGAAAAGAGAAGUUUUGACGAAGUAAGUUCCGCAGUUUCAACUCGGGGCGGCGUGCGCGUGUGACGUAGGUCUAUUAGGGGGGGGGUUGUUCAGCGAUAGAGUGUUGUGUCGUUCGCAAACGAUUCGUUCUAAAGAACCAAAUCUUUUGAGUGAACGUACUGAACCGAUUCUCACUUCAGUUGAGCUAACGUGAGAAACAGCAUUGCCAAGCCAGCAGUCGGCGAAUGAGGGCCCACAUGCACCGACACCUGAAUCACUUGGCGAAUGAAUCAAGCAUUGAACUAAACUCUCUGGAAUCAUUCUUAUGAUAAAAAACCUUUUUUUCACUGCUAAAACGCUUCCACAACAACUUUCAUACAAUAGGACACAGCAUGUAACAAGUAGUGCAUUGAACCCGCAGCAUCCUAUCAUUGCAGCGGUUUGCGAGGGAAUGGUCCAUGUCCAUCUGUGGUAGGCCUAAUGUCUGUUUCAAAGGGUUUGACAUGCAAAGAAAUAUUGAGUGAUUUCUAAAACUUUCAAAAUAUAAUGGCAUCUCUGAGCUUCAUUCUCCAUUUUGACAUUAUGAUUCAUUUUUCCACACUAUACUGACCUUUUUGCAGCAAUUGCUUGUCAUGGGAACAUUUGAGAUGUUAUUGGUAACUGCAGGGGGGGUAAUUUCUACAUAAGUGCUCCAGUAGGCCAUAAAAUUAUAAGUCUCCCAGAUCCACUGAAGUUCUGCUGACAUUUGUUUAAAGGGUCUUAAAGGGUCAUGACAAAUAUCAAAAUGUGUUUAACGGCAAAGACCCAGCAGCUCACCAAUGAACUCUAUGCACAACUCCACUACUUCCUGAACUAAAGCCAACUCCCCUAUUUCCCGUCUUACAUGAUUGGACAACUGAUCACUCCAGGUGUGACUAAUCAUUGUGACUGAUCAGAAACACCUGGAUUAAUCAGUUUGUCCAAUAGGAGCCACCUUUAGUUCAGGAAGUAGUGGAUCUAUGCAUAGAGCACAUUGAUUCAUUGUCAUUACUGCCCCCUGCUGUCCUUCUGUGACCAUUGAACUAUCCUUGUGACUGCUGGUUUAUACUGAAAUCUUUCUCAUGCAACCUCAAAAUAAGACACAAUUAAAUACUAUUCAUGCCACUCAGAGGUAGAUUGCUUUCUAUUUAUUCUUUUCUGUUCACAUCAAAUGUUUUCAUUUUACAAAUCCUGCAAAUUGUACCUCUUGAAAAAUGAUCACUAACGGAAAGAAUAGAGUAUUUAAGCCAUUCAUAAUUCAUUGAUGCAUUUUCUGUAAACAUUUGUGCACAAGGCUGAUUUAGAGAGUUGGGAAAAAAACUGUAAACUGAUAUUUUUUUAAUGUCAAGGAUUUUUAUUUAGAGUGUAAAGCAGGAUGUAAACACAGUUUUAUCGAUUCAAAGCAGUCACAUGCCUCAUAUGUCCCUCCAGUCUAGCAGAAUUUUUUAAAUAGCUCAUUUACCAGUAAAUUUCUGUUUAUCAGGACUGAUUCAGAACUGCAGAAAUAUCUUGAUUACGAUCUUUACUGACACGGCCUACUUUGUCUCUGCAUGUAUCAGCUUUCCCUGGCCCUCCAGCACCCCCAAAAGUAGUCAGCGCCUUUGACGACUGCAUCAACAUCUCCUGGGAUUCACCGAGUAACAAAGGAGGUUCACGAAUCCUUGGCUAUAUUUUGGAGAAACGCAAGAAGGGGAGUAAUCUCUGGACCGUUGUGAAUGCCUCAGAUGAGUUGAUAAAAGGUCUGUAACUUUAGUUCACUGUUCAAUCUGUCACAUCGAUGAUAUUACACUGACAUUUUGUCCAUCUGAUGUUAUUUCCAGAAAAGAAAUAUGCCGUUAAAGAUGUAGUUGCAGGUAUGGAGUAUGAAUUCAGAGUCACAGCCAUAAACCUCUCAGGAGUUGGAGAAUUCAGCAGCCCAUCUGAAUUUGUUUUUGCACGGGAUCCCAAGAGUAAGUAACACAAACAACAGAUUGCAAAUAUCCAGUUUAUUUCUGGAAAUAUCUUGAGACUUUACUGUUGAUGAAGUCUCCUGACAGUAAAUUUUGUGUCCCUUAGAGCCUCCUGGUAAAGUCACAAGCCUGAAGGUGACGGAAACUUCUUACUCACACAUCGUCCUGACUUGGUCCAAACCUGAGGAUAAACCAGGAGUUCAGGAUGAAGCAAAGGGAUAUUUUGUUGAGAUCAGGCCUGCAGAGGAAAUCGAAUGGUCCCGCUGUAACACCACGACUCUCAUCACAACUUCCUACAGCGUGAAAGGCCUGAAAUCCAUGGGCAUGUUCUGGCUGAGGGUGAUUGCCUGUAAUGAUGGAGGGGAGGGUGAUCCUGAGGAGCUCCCCAACUAUGUUCUUGCUAUGCCCUCACCUGGUAUGUCAAGUCUUGCUGGCUUUAUAGGACUAGAACAAGAGAAACAGCAUAAUAUUUAAACAGAGAUUUAAUAUAUUUCAAACCUGUUCAGCAGAAAACAUUAAAACUGUCACAGUAGGGUAGUCUGAGGGAUAAAGUUUCCAGGAUACAAUCAGUUUUUUGUAGCUCUUAAGAGGCCUCAAGGCUCCUCAAUAUGCUAUUUUUAUGGAGGAUAUAAGCAGGUCAUUCAUCCGAGCUUGUUGGGUUGGUAAUUUCAAGGAUAGGACUUCCAGGAAAGCAUACAUUUUUGAGCGUUUUCUGUUAUAUAAGAACCUCCUGAGGUUAAAUAUUGUCCAAAGUCAUUGUCAUUGUUUGUGUUCAAUAUUCUAGUGAGGCCAAAGUUCACCAACCACAAGAUGAAGAGUUUCAUGGUUGUGAGGGCAGGAAACUCUGUCAGGAUCACAGUGAACUUUGAGGUGAGUUUUACACACAGGUGAUUCAUUCAAAGUCUCAAACUGUGGUUUCUAUCAAAUCCAAGGGUGCCAAAUCCAAUUUGUUUUUGUUUAUUACAGGCCUCACCACAGCCUAAAAUAACCUGGCUUAAAGAUAAUGUACCCGUCACAAAGCGAGUGACGAUCAGUAACUCUGAUGGCACAUCACAGCUGCUGAUUCCCACCUCUGAGCGCUCCGAUACGGGCAUCUACUCCAUCGUGGUGAAAAAUAUUGCAGGACAGGAGACAUUCAGUAUAGAGGUCAGGGUCACAGGUAAAGCAGACAUUUGCUUUUAAAUUUUCAUUGAGAAAAAAGUGAUAUCGUAAUGGUUGAGUCAGUGAAACCAAACAUGUUUACAGAUGACCCGAAGCCUCCUGGACCUGUAGAACUGGAGGAAAAUGUCCCUGGUACGGUCACAGUGAUGUGGGAACCUUCUCCUGAUGAGAAGCGUGAUGACCGCCUCCACUACAUGGUGUCCAAACUGGACUCCACCAAACGCUCAUGGACUUCAGUUGCAGACAGGCUCUUCAAUAACAAGUUCACAGUCUGCAACAUCAUGCAGGGGAGGGAGUACCAUUUCAGGGUCUACGCCAAAAACGACAUGGGAGUUUCUGCACACUCAGAGUCUCCAACCUGGGGAAUGGAGAAGAAAAGAGGUAUUUUUGCACAACUCAAACGACCUCAAAAGCAAGAAAAAGCCUGAAAAAUAUAAUCUAAAUGUAUUUUCUGUCUUGUAGAGAAGUUUGUGGUGAACUUACCAACCAGAGAGGACUGUGAUUUACGAUGUGCCCCAACCUUUAUAGUCCCUUUAAAGCUUCACAGUGCGCCCAAAGGCUACGAAUGCUACAUGAGCUGCGCUGUGAAGGGAAAUCCUAAACCCCGCAUCACAUGGUAUCGAAACCACAUCAGCCUGAACACCAACACCAACUAUUACAUCUCUGAAACCUGUGGAGUCUGCUCCAUGCUCAUUCUCCGUGUAGGCCCCAAAGACACGGGCGAGUACACGAUCAGCGCAGAGAACGCCCUCGGGCGAGCCGAGUGCUCCACCACACUCAGCGUCAGAGGUGAGGGAAAAACACAUCCGCUCUUUAACUGAGGGCCUUUACUCACAAUUAAGCUAAACGGUUUCCUCUCUUUUCCAUACAGAUUGAAGACGCUGAAGGCCCCAUGAAGCUGCAGUCGUUGCAGUUAUUGAAAACAUGGGUUGUGUCUGAAAUAACUCACACAUUCAUGACUGCCUGCUCACUAUGAAGAGAGUUAUUUACACAGGACAAGAAGUGAACUUGUCUGCAAAAUGAAAAAGCUCUUUACGCUAAAUUUAACUGCCAGUUCAGAUUUUUUGUAAGUCAGAAGUGAGUGAUUUCAGGCAAAAACAAACAUGUUUCAGUUGUUGUAGUUUUGCAGCUACACUGAAGAAUAAAAUAAUUGGAUAUUAUAUCUAAUGAAAUGCCACUGAAAUUAGGAAUAAAAAAACUGAUCACAAUGAUACAAUUGUUUUAGUUUUGAUUAUUAUUUUCUGUUCAUUAGGUUGGAAUCAAUAAAAGUAAGUGCAGACAUGAACAU